UUUGUAAUCGGUUCGAUAGAAGAAAAACGAACCUGCUGGUACAAUGUUGACGAUUGUGGUCAAUGAACUGAAAACAUUAUCUUUAAAAUUGCACCAUACUACUAAAUUCUUGCUGUUAUUAUUUCUGCGAGGAACAAAUUAAACAGUCACAUCAUAAUUAUAAGCUCACGGGGCCCGUAUAAACUGAACAAAUAUUUGUUUAUUGAUUUUACAGCGAAUCAUUCAUGUUGUUCAUAAAUUGUGUAUUAUCCUAGCUUUAUCGUGUUGUGCUACAAUAUUAACCCAUUGUGUCAGAACGAACAUACACCCGUUCAUGUAGAUCCCGAGACAAGGCGCUACGCUUGGCCUCUCUCUUCUUUCCAUUCUCCCUUCUGAUUAAAUAUUGAUAUACUCCUGACAACAGGGUCACGGUUUUAAUAUCCGAGAGUCUAGCUACAUGUGUAAAAGUGUUGAAUCGCAGCGACUUGGAAUUUAAACAGUGUAUUCACUUCAAAUAGUAGGAUAUCUGGAUGCAAAUACUGGAUCGUUUCAAAAUUAAAUCAUUAUAUCCACUGUUUCGGUAAAGCCGUUUAGUUCAAUAUGGAUUAACAGUACAUUAAAUGGCGAUAUAGGGAAAUAUUCUAAGUACAGCUAUGUCAUUUAUCUGUUUGUUCUAGUGUUUUACUUAAGAAUCGGCACUGCAUUCGAAAUUUAUGUCGGACUAAUUUUAGAGUCGGUUCGGUUCGGUUCGGCGGGGAACAGUGCUUAUCGGGACAGCUAAUCGAUUGUAUAGACAGCGAUUCACUUGCUUCUGUCAAAUGAAGCCGCUAGUCCACUCACACAGGUUCUUAGAGUUACCGGAGUGGUAAAUUCUUGGUGUUCAUUAUUUCAGUGAUUUCUUUUUCAUCACAAACCUUUCCAGUUGUUGUAUGUUGUGAAGGCAAAAUAUCACAUGUACGCCGGACGUAAGUUUUAGAUGGAUGCAUAUGUGUGUAGGUGUUUCAAUGAAUGAAUAUGAUUGAAUGAUUCUUUGGAUUGUGAAGGGCAUUAAUGAUUUCCAUUAAAUAUGAGAUUCGACUGUUUGUACUAUAAAGCCAUUCAUACAAGUUUGCAAGCCGGUCCUUCGUGAUAAGCGGUACAGCAGGUAAAAAAAAAAUCGCAGCUAAAAAUCAAUUAUUUUAUAUGUUAAGUAAACUAGAAAAUGCUUUGCUAGCAGAGAAUGUGCUUAGAAAGGAAGUUUGCCUCACCAGUUUUCACUUAGCCUAGAUAUCUGCAUGGGAAAGUGGACAACACGUUAUAAAAAUGGCGGUGGUUUCUAUUAUGAACAACCAGUCCCGUUAUCGGAGACCCGUAAGUCGCCCGGACCGACUCAACGAAAACGAAGGCGAGUUAUGGCUUUUUCAGUCUCCUGAUUCCAGUAAGAAGUUCCGUGACAGCGAUGGAUCCGACAAUGAGUUAGCCUUGGAGGAUUUGGUGACUUGCUGUGUUGAUGGUUCUUCCCCUCAUAGCUGUUCAUUGCAAACUUGUGAGAGAGUAACUAUCAACGUUAGUGGUCAAUAUUACGAAAUAUGGGCCUCCAUUCUUAAUAAACACCCGACUACUUUGCUUGGAAAUCCUAGGAAACGAAUACGAUUUUUCGACAAGGAUAGAGGCGAAUAUUUCUUUGAUCGUCAUAGACCUACUUUUGAAUCUAUUUUCAAUUACUACCAAUAUGGUGGUAAACUCCGACGCCCGGAGCCCGUGCCCGACGAUAUUUUUCUCAGGGAGUUAGACUUUUACCAAAUAGAGAAGGAAAAAAUUGAAAUUUACAAAAAAGAAGAAGGAUAUGUAUCUGAAAAAAUGGAAUUGCCAGAAAAUCCUUGUAAACGUAAGAUUUGGUUGCUAAUGGAGUAUCCGGAGACGUCAUUCGCUGCCUAUGUCAUCGCCAUAGUUUCUGUUGUUGUAACUGUGCUUUCAAUAAUAUUAUUCUGUGUGGAAACUGUGCCGUCGUUAUCAAGUCACGACUGUGAAGAUGGAAAGCCAAAUUUUGCAGACCCAUAUUUUAUACUGGAGACUAUAUGCACAGCCUGGUUUACCUAUGAAGUAUUCAUUCGUCUUUUUUCGUGCCCGAGUAAAAUCAAAUAUUUCAAAGAUUUCCAAAACAUUGUGGAUAUAACUGCUGUUAUACCCUACUACGUCACACUGUCAAAUCUUGUUUCUCCUGACGGUUGCGAUAGCGAUUCCGCGGGAACAUCUCUGGCCUUCCUAAGAGUCAUUCGACUGGUUCGAAUCUUCAAAUUGACAAAACAUUCCGCGGGUUUACAGGUUCUGAUUUUAACAUUCAAAGCCAGUGUCGAAGGCCUACUCUUAUUUCUGGUGGCAAUUUUCGUGUGCAUAUUGCUAUUUUCCAGUGCUAUCUAUUUUGCUGAACAAAGUCACCCCGACUCUCAAAUCACGUCUAUUCCGGAUGCCUUCUGGUGGGCUGUGAUCACCAUGACGACAGUGGGAUACGGGGAUAAGUAUCCAGUGGGAAUUCUAGGGAAGAUAAUUGGAUGUUUUGCUGCCUUGACCGGGGUCUUGACUUUGGCAAUACCUGUACCAAUAAUCACAGAAAACUUCAACAAGUUUUAUGCCCACAAAACAGGAAGAGUUCGAGGAUGAAUUGAGUGAGUAAAUUGUGAGUAUUGACACUCAUUGCACCAAAGCCCCAAACAGAUGCGAUUUCAGAGACCAUCAUAUCGUCAGAAAGGUUAUUCAGCAAGGGGUCUAUCCUGUCGCUACAAAUCGAGUGCUCAUUCAGCAUUGCACGCUACUUAAUUAUUGUCUUAUUGAAUUUAAUUACCUCAUAGUAAAGAACAUUUUACAUUUUUGUUUGCCUACCAGAGAUAGACUAGGUCGGCCUAUUUUCAAGCCAUUGAUUUUUCACAGAUAUUUAAUGUUUUCUACGAAUUGGCAAUGUCAGAAUGAAAUGUAAUUACAAUUUUGUUGCUUGAGUUUAGACAUCAAUUCUGGUAAAGGAAUAAUAUAAGGACUGUAAUGACAAAAACACCCAUUUUGCGACUGGCAACUGCAAUCACAUUUCACACUUAAAUCAUUGAAGUCGUACACAAUAUAGUAAUUUCACUUUCUCCAGCGGAGAUACCCCUCGGCAACACGGUGAAUAAAACCCCUAAGAAGAAAACAUGACAGCGUUUCUUUUAACAUGUGUGAUUUGACGUUUGUCAAUGAGAUUUGUUAAACCUUUUCUUUCCUUCUACAUUAGCUAGAGUUUUCCAUGUGUUGAAUGAUAACUCUGGAUUAUAUAAGUAUUUAUAUAAGAUAUUUUGCCUUUGCAUGAAGUAGGUACUUUUAAAGACCUGCUAUUUGAGACGUUUGAGUAGAAAUCAUGUAGGUAUACGGCGACAUACGGGAUAAGAUAUGGUCUGUAACGUUUCAGAAUAAAGCAUGAUAUAUUAAUUUUGCUCGUAAAUCCAAGCGUUUAAAUGUCCAGUGUUUUAGUAAUUAUUGGUUCUUCUUGUUGUUCAAAGGUUUGCAAUUUGUACAUCCCUGACCAUGAUUUCUGUAUCUUUAUGAUGUCAAGUGUUCACAAGUAGACUCUAUUCGAUACCGUGGUCCCAUAUAAAAGGAGAGGACAGAUUAUUGGAAAUUAUUUAAUGCUUUGAUUUUUUGGGACUUAAGUUAUUAAAGACAAUGAUUGUAUUACGUAAUAUUAAUCCAAAAACGAUAACUGUUUUACGCCUGUCUCGUAACUAGUUUUCAAACCUCAUACGAUUUAGGUUUACUUACAUUAAAAAUACCCUGAGUGCGGUCAGUACUAUGAUUUUAUCCUGUAUGUCACCGUGGGUAGAAGUUUCGUCACGUGAUUUUAUCUGUGAUAAAUUGCAAUAUCAAGUCACUUGCUCAAUCAUAGAAACCAUUCAAAUAUAUCAUCCUUCUUCACAGUUGCACGUUUUUACGUUAUCGUUCAAUGUUUGUUAAGUGUUCUGUAGGAAUACCGAGUGAGAGUGCAUUUGCAUGGAGAUUAUGAAAUUGUAAUCAAACUACGAGAACGUUAGCUGAAUUUUCAUUCUUUACAUUUUUAAUUUUCCCCUAAUGUGGUUGUUAUUAAUAUGCGUUGGAAUGUUUGGGUUUUUAGUUUUGAAAGGUAAAUAUUUCAUAUUGCUAUUUAAAGUUCUCUUGUUAAAUUUUAAAAGUGGUUUAUAUGAUCAAUGAUAUAUUUCUUUAAUUUGCUUCACGAGGGCAGUCCUAUCAGAAAUGUGUAAAACAGUUCGACAAUAAAUAGAGAUCCAAGAUUAGAAUUCCACCAAAAUAAAUGUGAAAAGAACGUCAAUAAUAAUGGACUAUGUAGUGCCUUAAUUCAUUCGGUAAUCAAAUUCAGCUGUCAUAGUGAAUUUGUUUGAUCUAAGAAUAAUUUAAUCAUCCAACGGUUAAAAACAUUGCAGAGGCCCAUGUUGGCUCAUGGAAUUAGGCAUCAGGGGAGAAUUCAAUUCUGAUAGGGAAUAUCCUAUGCAUUGGAUCUCGUGUUUAAACUAGACACAAAUCGAUAUCUGGGAUACUAGUGCUGACUUUCUACUCUGUCUGGUAUACCCUAUUAAAUGUCAAUUAUAUCUACAAACUAUUUUAUUUUCCCCCUUAGAUCAAAUACAUAAUUGGCUGUAAUAAUCAUUACUGACUGUAAAAAUUUCCACACCAUAGACACGUAAUGCUUUACAUCAAUACAAAUCUUUACUUUUUGAAUUUUUUUCAAUAGCUUCUUUUCAGAGAGCGAAUUUAGUUUACCAAGUGAUUUAUUAAACAAAAAACGUGACCCAAUACAUCAAAUUUGCCAGACUAGUUACUUUGUAAUGCAAUUAUCCUACAAUUCAAUAAACCCAGAAACAUUAGAACCUUCCACUACCGUUGACUUAAAGUACAAAAGGUCUUUCUGUGUUUAGGCAAUGUUAUUAAUCCCCUGUCGAUGUCUUUUCCCUGAAAUAUACAUUUUUUCCUUACUUGGCAUCCUUUUCAGACAAGUAUGGUCGUCAAAACCAUUAUGAAUGUCUUGCAAUUACAUCUUUACUAGGAAUUGUUCUACCACAAAUAUUCUGAGUUCAAUCAAGAAAAAAAAAUCCCUGAGUAGGUGAAGCCUUGCUACCGUAAAAUACUAUUCAUCUUUCGUAAAUGUCAUCUUUUAUUCCAAAUUCAGUUCUCUUUUUCUCUUGAGAUUAAAUUUCCUAGGUGAUUUGACAUCUAAAAAUGGAUUUAAAGGUGUGCACGUUGAAGAUUCUUUAAACACUAAAAUGAGGAAUUAACCGAGAAGCCAAAUCAUGGUGAAUAUAGAUAUUCAUAGAUGCAUAUAAAAUACAAUGACGCUCUAACGGGUGUUUCUAUGUCGUCAUGCAAUGAAUAUAUAGUAAUUUCAAUGCGUGAAACCUUUUUGAUCGGAAAAAGUAUGUUACCAUAAAAUAAACAAUUCAACAAUAUGAUACCUUCUCUUUUCUAUCAUCAAAGUAAAUACAAUACUGUGCAUUUAAUCAAUAGCGGUAUGAAAUGCACUGUUUCAAUGUAUCAGAUAUGUUGGUGACAGAUUGUAGCAUAGAAAGGGGCUCGCUCAAAUAACGAUCCAUCAAUCCAUUGUUAAAACCACCCAUAAAUUCAAAAGAAAAAAAUAUAGCAGUUAGUAAAGGACUAGACGUGAUACAAUACAUACAAUUGUUUGUUUGUUUUUGUCCCUUCAAGGAUUAUGUUGCUCUUGAUACGUCACAAGAUGUAGAUGAAGUAUCAUGAAUAUGCAGGACUCUCAAUGCUCGAUCAGUGAGGGUUCUUUAUCGAACAAUUGUACAUGUAUGCACCUGUGGCGACACAGGACCAAAGGUUAUAUUAAGGUUUCACUCGAAAGACCCGCAAAUUUCAUUUCAAUCGUCGAACAUUUGCCGAAGGAAGAGUCACAACCUAUUUUCGGCGUCUUCAAGAAAAGAACAGAGCUAUUAGUUCAUUCAUUUUUGUACUUUGCAUACUGACAAAUGCAGAUUCUUGUAAACGAUACUACAGAUUUUUAAUUUUGAAGUACGAUGUUGCAAAAAUUAGAACUUUUUACACAUUUAGUUUGAAAAUUGUCGAAAAUAUCAAUUCUUGAUGUCAAAUUUUGCCCAGAUGUCAUAGACAGCAUAAAAAUGUAUAAAAUUAACUACCUCAGUUUCAUCAUUGUUAGCACCCACGCCUCUGAAGCCUCACACGUUUCAAGGAUGCUGAUUAAUUGCCUGCUUAAAGAAAAUGACGGGAAAAGUAACUUCAGGAAUCCUAUCUAAAAUAUAAUUACUUUCAUAUAUCCGAUAUAUUCUACAAUGUAUUAACGUGAAUUCUUCUAAUAUCUUGUUUUAAAUUACCGCCAAUAUUACAUUUUUCACAUUUCCCAGAAACCCACCUUCAACUGAACGAGUAGGUGAUUAAUUCAUGAUAUCAUAUUUAAUAUUUCUCACUCUUAAGAUUUUUGUCAAUAUAGAAUCCAAAUUUGAAUACUUGAUUGAUCUGAAAUACUGAGUAGUAAGGGAGAUUGAAACUUUGCCAACAAUAUUGGAAUAAAUUUAAGUUGAGGAUGGAGACAACACGCCUUAAAGUUUGGUUGGGCAUUAAAUGGGAAUGAAAAGGGAGGUAAAAGAUUAGAGCUGAGAGACUAAUCAUCUUUUAACAAUGAACCUUGAUCUCUCCACAGAAUCUUGCUGUUCAAUAUUUGAUUACUUGAGUAACCGCUUCACUGCAAUCUGUGUAGGAACCAUUCAGAAAUCGAUAGGUUUAAACGCAUCGCUGUAAGGAUAGGUUGAAGAAUUUUAAAAUUUACACGAGGUACAUGUAAUGAGAGAAAAUGUUCUACUUGUGAUAUUGGAAAUCCUGAAGAUUACGUUUGUUUGAAAAGCUUUUCUAUAACAUGUUGUUUAUCCAUUGUUGAUGAUUUGUCAGUCGUUAGGUUUUGGAGAAAAUUAAGUUUAAAAGAUUUCGUUUAAUAUUUCCUGUUUACUGUACUCAUAUUAAGAAUCUAGUGUUUCCCCUAUUUUCAGUGAAAUUUCAAUUAUAUGUAUUCUUAUACAAUGUAAAACUUAUACGGUACCAAUUCAUAUAUUCAAUUUCUUUAUACCAAAACGUACUUUAUGUCAUAAACAUGAUUAAGGACAUAAUGUGCACUGUAUUCCCCAAUUAUUUGUCAUAGAAUUUUGUGAAACUAUUUGUAAAUGUUUUGAUAUUGCUAAAUCAAAUAUUUACGAAAUUUCCUGAUGAAAUCACCUUUAUUUUUGUAUUAUUCACAAAUCUUGGAAAUUCAAUAGAAAACAUUACCCAAAAUCCUUCAAAAACGUCUUUUAGUGGUGCAUUCCAUGUAUUGAUGACCGAUGUACGUUGUUGUGUGGUCAAAUAUUAAGAAAUCUAGCGUGAACACAGAAAACUCCUACUUCAUUUAAUGAGUCCUAAAUCUUGGUUAGAGCUCCAAAUGAUUUGUAUUUACGGUCACGUUUGGAGUGCCUUUCAUCAAAGUGACUCAUUUUCUUUAUUUCAUUCGUAUUUAUUUUGUAAACUUAUCUUUCAGGUUAUACAAUAAACACUAUCAGAGAAACGACAUUUUUGUGUUCUAUGAUCUGAAAUUGAAGUUUGUUCACACUAAUGCUCAGUAUUCUCAGAAGAAAAUAUCUUUCUUUUAUUCUGGUCGGAAUAUCAAACAUUGGUGCGAAAAUAUUAUUCUUGUUAUAUCAAGACUGCAUAUUGGUCACUAUGAUGAAAUUGAGGUUAACAAUUGGUUUGCUUAGGGAUUCUCAAGUAAAUGAAGAGGGGACGGUAAACAGACACCUCAUUAUAUACAAGAUUGUGUAUGGUUAAAAUAUAGGAAAAGGGUACAUCAAUGUCAAUUCUCUGUAGUGUAGUGGCAUUUUAGUAUUUCGGUACAAAAUUCAUAUUCUUGUUUGAUAAACACAAAACAUUUGUAGAAUUCUUUGACACCGACAACAUUUAGAAUUGAAGCACCACAACAUAUGAUGACGUAACAUAAAUUCAGUCAUUUUGAGUACAUACAGGGAGUGAGACUUUACAUUGUAUAAUCUCUUAGUAAUCUUUUUUAUUGUUAACUGUUCAUAACCUACUCUUUACCUGAAAUUAAUACAUUGAUAUUUACACCUCUUAAUUAUCACCUAGAUAGAAAUUGACUUUAUUGGUGUUUCUUAAUGCACUUUUUAAGUAGAAUUGUAAAAUAAAAAUACAACUCAAUCAGUAGCAGAAACUUUACAUACCUCGGUCGGUAGAAUUUACGACUUGGUGCCCUGUUUGUUUUCUACUUGUAAUAUACAUGUAAUUCGAUAUCGACAAUACUUUCACAUAUUAAACACCAUUGUGAUUGUUUUGCAUGUAUAUUUCAAAUGUAUAGUUGUGUUUAUAACUUGUAUUUUCCCCUUUAAACAACACGAACUGAGAGAAUGGAUUGGUUUUGUUUACAAAAAUCCAUAUGCAAUUUGUUUCAGGCCUAGUUUGUAUGAAUAUGGUUUUAAAAUGGUGUACAAUACCCACUAAUGAUUGAAGUUUCUCGUGUACAUCAUUCGAACGUUACAAUGUAAAACCAUGUGCUGUUAUUCAUGUAUAUUUGCCAAUACACCAUGCUGUGUGAACUUGUAGGAAUAAUAUCACCAAUGUAUAUAAUAUCUAAUCGUUUUCUUUUUUCAAGCAUGGGAGGAAACUUUUGAAUACAAAUGUUUGCGGUGAUUACUCGAUUUGAUGCAGUUAUAUUCUGUGGCUGUGUUAGGUUGUUUUUGCUAAUCAUGUUAUUCUUCAAGUUAUUUAUAUGGUUGUUAGAGAUUUCUUGCACUUUUUCUAUGCAGUCUUCCUGAAUAUGGAAAGAAUAAAUUUAUCACAA